AUGCUACCGACCGACACCGACAAGGCGAUUGAUGUUGCAGAGCUCGCCAUCUAUGCCAUUCUCACUCCGCCUGCCCUUUACUGUCUGUUCCGGCACGGGGUACAGGGCUUACUGGGCUGGCUCUACAUUAUUAUCUACUGCACAAUUCGUCUGGUGGCUGCUGGCCUCAAGCUGAAGAGUGAUCGCGACCAUACCAUCUUCUCAGGCGCCCUUAUUGUCGACAACAUCGGUCUGUCACCACUCCUUCUUAGUGCUGCUGGCAUUCUUCAUGAGGCGUACGUCACAAACCCUAACUGCCCCCGUCCGCUUCAGCUUUGCAAACUAACACUCGGAACAUCUCUGCCUAGUCGCCACGCCCGCAAUGCUAUCAAAAACAGCAAACUCGAAUGGGCGGUCGUCUUGCAAUAUCAUAUCCUCGUCAGCACCGCCCUAGCCCUGAUCGCAGCCUCGGUCGCGAACCUCGCUAGCUCUGACCCGUCCAGCUCAGAUAUGGGCAUCCUCAAAGGAGGUUUUGCCAUAAUCUUUGUCGCCUGGGCAGUUCUCGUGCUUGCAACUUUGUUUUCUCUCCUUCGCCCGGCUUCAUACACCAGUUUGGCGGGGAAUGAUGAUUCAUUUCGAAAUGGUACUCUGCUGCUCAACGCGGUUCUCUUCUCCUUGCCCAUGACCCUUCUGCGAACCAUCUAUGGCGCCAUCAAUCUCUUCGGGUCGGGCACGUCCAUGGAAACAUCUUCCUUUUCAACCAAUGUCGCUGCCGACGUGUGCAUGAACUUGCUGCCCCCCAUGCUGGCUACAAUAGUCUUUGUCGUUGUCGGACUGUUGACACCACCCCGUGGGAAGUAA